AUGACCUUUGAAGGUGGGAAACAUGAAACGUUAGUAAGUUCCAUCAUCAAUGAAUCGGAUGAAAGAAGCCUGAAGAUGAUUUUGAACCAACCCUCUUGCCCCAAAUCCCUAAUUUUCCAUGUUCAGACUGUGGAUCUUGAUUUCCCUAACACAACUGAAUGCUAUAGACUUUAUUGCCAGAGGUUUAUUGCCAGUGAUAUAAAGGAAUGUGUGUAUGGUGUUCCUGAUACUCCAUAUGAUGGUUGGUGUUCCUUUUUUCAUAUAUCAGAUACACUGAAGGCACUAAGAGAAAAUGUGUCAUUUAGGAAGGUUGAGCUUGAUUCCUUACGUGGACAAGCUACAGUUUUGGCUGUACUUGCGUCUGUCUCCCCAAAGCUGCCUCUUGGCUAUCCAGCCAGGCAGGAGAAAGAAUUUUAUGUCGCCACCAGGAGAACAUCCCAAUUCUUAAAAUAA